AUGAUUUUAUUAUUUAAACUACAACAAACAAAUGGUAAUGAUUGUGUAUGUGAAUGUUGUACAUCAGUAAAUUGUAAUCCUACAAGAGUUGGCUUUCGUCCUUUAUGGUAUUGUUCAGAAGCGACUACAUGUACACAAAGUUAUUGUAUUGAUUGGUAUCCUGACCGUUGUCCACGCCGAAAUGUAGCUGGUCAAACACGAGCAAUAUGUGUAUCUAAUGCUGAACGUAUACUACCGGCUUUAUUCAUUACAAUUGGUAUUAAUUUAAUUCUAUUAUUAAUUAAAGACAAACUUUAA